AUGGCCUCACAAAUCGACCCCAUGUACACUUCUGUCUUCAAACAGUAUGCGAAACGGUUUACAGCAGCACCACGUCGCAAGACGAAACAGUUUACGCAAUGGUUCGCAUCUGAAAACUUUCUCGUCCCCGGCGUCUCGCCCAGUUUUCCUCUAGCAGGGACUGGCGCAACUUGUGCGGUCACGUCGGAGAAUCUAUUCUUACAUAGAAAAUAUCCGUUCGGCAGGCGAUCUUUACAGAGCCUGUCCUACAAUGUACAAGCACGGGGAUUCCAAACCAAGAAAGACGAUGUUUCGAGGAAAGGUGCAGAGACGGACGCCGCUAAUCAAGCUGGCAAGAACGAUGUUACUAACUCCAGACAUCAGAAGACAGAGGGAAACCCCAGUGUGCACGGGGGGAAGCACGAACCCGGUUCGUCAAGUCGCCCUCUGAUGCAUCGUUUACCACACAUGCCGCACCUCCACCGUCCCACAAAAGAAGAACUGCUGGCCGCUGCAACCGGUUUCUGGUCAAGGCUGAAGGUCAGGUUUAAGUGGUUUUCUAUCAGAAGCGUUCGACCCUUCAAUCUCGAUGAAAUCGCGGCGCUUUUCUCCUGGGUCAUACUUGGUCAUGUUGUCUGGGUCGUUCUGGGCACCACCACAUUCUUUUCCUUGCUGAUCAUAGCGAUUAAUACAGUGUUCGCCCAAGAAACUUUAGCUGGUUGGAUUGGUAAUUACCUCACCAAAUCCUCUGGCGUAAAGGUGGUGUUCGAAUCUGCCAUCGUUCCUAAAUGGAGAGACGGGGUGAUCACUUUCAAGAAUGUUUUCGUAUCGCGGCGGCCUGGCCAAGGAACAGGCCAUGUCAGUAAAGGCUCGUCAAAGACCGCUGCCGCUGCCGCUGCCGCUGCCGCUCUAAGUGACCAGUCCGCCGCCGAUUCAUUGGAGCAACGGAUAGAGCAGGAAGAGGAUACCAACUACACGCAAUUUGACGUUUCAAUAGAAACAGUCAAUGUAACUUUGUCUUUCGGUAGAUGGAUCAAUGGCAAAGGACUCCUUCGCGAUGUUGAGGUGAAGGGUGUACGUGGAGUGGUUGAUCGCAGAUCAGUCUAUUGGCCGGAUGAACCUCGCGAUCCCAAAUCUUACCGACACGAGCACAACCCGGGGGAUUUCGAGAUUGAUUCGUUCAAAAUGAGCGACUUACUGGUGACCGUUUACCAGCCUAAUAACUUCAGGCCGUUCUCGGUAAGCAUAUUUUCCUGCGACCUUCCACAACUGAGGAAGCAGUGGCUGUUCUACGACUUCCUAUCGGCCAACAUGAUGUCCGGCUCGUUCGACAACUCCUUAUUUACAAUCCAUCCUCGUCAAACCCAUAGCUUCACCGGCGCACAGCUCGACAAUGGGGCAGAAGAGGAUGGCAAACCGACCCCUUGGAAGAAGCACAGCAGGAUACGCAUUGAUGCGUUGAAUAUCGAUCAUCUAAACCGCGGUGUACAAGGGCCGUUUGGGUGGAUUCAUGAAGGGACAGUGGACAUUGUUGCCGAUAUCAUGUUCCCCGCGGAUAAUGACGAAAGUAUCGCAAAGGUGAUGGUCGAUCUUUACGAUCGGUUGGAAGCGACUGUCACCUCGAACAGGUACACGGAAGACUCAGACUUCCACCAAUUGUCUCAGAUCGACAAUACCAAGUGCAGUGACAACAAACGUUUCCUAGUUACAGAUCUGCGACUGCACCUUAAUAAUGUCAGGGCAGUCGUUCCAUUAUUUACACGAGAUCUCUCUUACAUCAAUAAUGCCCUAAUAAGACCCAUUGUCGCAUACAUAAAUUCGCGGCGCACUUUCAUCCCUGUCAACUGCCGGCUGGUAAAACGGGUGGAGGAUUUCGAUGGCAGCUGGACGAUUUAUGACAGCGGGCUCAUGGAUGAUCUUUCGGCAGCCGUAUAUGAUGCAUUUGCUCGUGAUGUUGUCGAUGAGCAGGCACGCAAGCGACGCUUCAAGAAAGUUGGCUUCUGGUCGCUCCAAUUGGCAGCGCAGGCGAUUUUCAUGGGAAUGGCUGGUAAUAUAGCCUAA